AUGGCUCGAUUUUCUCCUCAACAAAGCCGUCCCGUCCACGCGACUCCCUUCAUGAACCACUCGACCACUCCUUCAGACGCAAACUAUGACACCGCCAACCCUGCCUACAUUCGCAAGUACCUGCGCACCUACGGCCUCACUCCUCCCCGCGCCGAGAGCUAUGAAACCCAAAAGUCCCGGUGUCUGUCCCAGUUGGGGCUGAAGAACACCCCCAUCGACAAAUUCCAGUACCUCAGCACGCUGCGCAAGAACAACGUCCACCUCUUCUACCGUCUGGUCACCGACCACCUGAGGGAGCUGACGCCCUUGAUCUACACCCCCGUUGUCGGCGAGGCCUGCCAGCGCUGGUCCGAGAUCUACCAGCAGCCGGAGGGUAUGUACCUGAGCUGGGAAGAUCGGGGAAAUCUGGCAGCCGUCAUCGCCAAUUGGCCCCAGCCCACCGUGGAGAUCACAUGUAUCACCGAUGGCUCCCGUAUCCUCGGACUGGGCGACCUGGGCAUCAACGGCAUGGGUAUCCCCAUUGGCAAGUUGGCCCUCUACACGGCCUGUGCGGGUAUCCGCCCCGAGGCCACUCUUCCGCUGACCCUGGAUCUGGGCACCAGCAACAAGACCCUCCGGGAAGACCCGCUGUACAUGGGUAGCCGCCGUGACAAGAUCAGCCCCGAGGAGGAGCGGGAGUUUUUGGACGAGUUGAUGUCCGCUCUCACCGAGCGCUGGCCCGGUAUCGUCAUUCAGUUUGAGGAUUUCAAGAAUCCCUUCCCCGCAUUGGAGCGUUACCAGGGUAUCUACACCUGCUUCAAUGACGACAUCCAGGGUACCGGCGCCGUCAUCCUCGGCGGAGUCAUCAACGCCGUCAAGCGUUCCGGUCUCCCCUGCAAGGACCACCGCGCCGUCUUCUUCGGCGCCGGCUCGGCCGGUGUCGGCGUCGCCAAGCAGAUUGUUGACUUCUUCGUCCGCGAGGGCAUGACCGAGGAGGAUGCUCGCAACUGCUUCUACCUCGUCGACACCAAGGGUCUCGUCACCGCUGACCGUGGUGACAAGCUCGCCGACCACAAGGUCUACUUCGCCCGCCAGAACAACAAUGGACAGCAGUUCAAGACCCUGGAGGAGGUCGUCGACCACGUCCAGCCCACCAUCCUGAUGGGUCUGUCCACCAUGGGCGGUGUCUUCACCCCCGAGAUCCUCCGCAAGAUGGCCGACUGGAACACCACCCCCAUCAUCUUCCCCCUGUCCAACCCCUCCUCCAAGUCCGAGUGCGACUUUGAGACCGCCGUCAAGAACACCGACGGUCGCUGCCUCUUCGCCUCCGGCUCUCCCUUCCCCACCAUGUCCUUCACCAACGCCCAAGGCCAGACGAAUACCUACUACCCCGGCCAGGGCAACAACAUGUACGUGUUCCCCGGUAUCGGUCUCGGCAGCAUUCUGUCCAAGGCCGUCCGGGUCACCGACAACAUGAUCUACGCCUCCGGCGAAGCCCUCUCCAAGGCCCUGACCGCCGAGGAGAUCGAGCUCGGUCUCCUCUACCCGGAUAUCACCCGCAUCCGUGAAGUCAGCGUGGUCGUUGCCCGCAACGUGAUGCGCGCUGCCCAGGAGGACAAGGUCGACCGUGAGACCGCCCUCCGCAACAUGUCCGACAAGGACUUGGACAACUACAUCAGGACCCGCAUGUAUGACCCGCACACCGAGGUCCGCGCCCUGGAGCGCGAGGUCGGUCACCUGCUCUCCAGCCUGGGCAACUUGACCCCCUUCUCCAGUGGCUCUCCCACCGAGGAAGUUAACGGGAGCCCGCACAAGCUGUAA